AUGGGGAAGGUAAAAUUUUUCAUUUGGAAAGCAAUCUCAAACCUACUUCCUACAAAGGAAAAUCUCUACAAUAAGAAGAUCUCAGAAAACCCUUUAUGUCCAGUGUUCAACAAUAUUGAUGAAGCUGUUUUGCAUGGUCUUUGGGAAUGUUUGGCAGUGCGGGAUGUUUGGGGGGAGAGGGACACACCAGUUUCCAAAUGGGGCAAGAGUUUUGAUAAUUUUGUGGAUCUGUGGACUGAGUUUAGUUGCAAACUUGAUGCAGGGGGUCUUGACCUAGUUUCAGUAAUUUGCUACAAAAUUUGGCUUAGAAGAAAUGAUUUGAUUUUUAGGAACUUGUUCAGUGGACCAAAACAGAUUAUUAAAGCUGCAUGCUCUGACAUCGCAGACUUCUCCAUGGCUCAUACGAAGCCUAAGGAAAGGCGGGAUACAGAUGUGCCUCCAGCUGAAGUGCCCUCUUGGAAACCUCAGACUUACGCACGGCUUAAGGUCAAUUAUGAUGCUAGUUUCCUCAAACCAAUAAAGAAGAUGGGGCUGGGUAUUGUUAUACGAGAUUCAAGGGGGGAUCCACAGGUGAUGUUAGCUGGCCAAAGAGAACCUGUCAACUUAGCCUUCCUAGCCAAAGGUUAUGCUUUACUAAGAGCCUUCUCUCUAUGUGCUGAGCUAGGAAUAGACGAGGCAAAUUUUGAGGGGGAUGCAAAGUUGGUUAUAGACGCAAUCUCAGAUCCUUCCCCAGAUUCUUCCUGGACCGGGCAACUCAUUGAAGACCUCAAGCAAGGGCUGUUGUCAAAGCCAAACUGGAAACUUUCUUUUGUCAAAAGGGCUGGUAACAAAGUAGCCCAUGAAUUAGCUAAAUUAGCUCUAUCUCUAGUGAAUGAAACUGUCUGGAUGGAGGAUGGGCCGUCUGUGGUUGCACCUCACAUUGUUCUGGAAAAACUUUGUGAUUUCAGAAUGAUAGAAGUUUCAUUUGAUUCUAAGGCAGCUAAUUCAAUGGACAUAGCAUCUCUCCAAUGA